UAAAUAUUUUUUUCUCAAGAGAAAGUAGAAAGAGAAAGAGAAAGAGAAAGAGAAAGAGAAAGAGAAGACAGCUAUGUCGUGCAGAGCAGAAGAUACUGUUAGCCCCAAGAUUCUCUGAACAGCUUCUCUCUUCUUUUGUUUUCUGGAAAUUCUCCUAUCUAUCUAUCUAUCUAUCUAUCUAUCUGUAAGUUCUUUGAUCCUCGUGCUCUCAGUUUUCUUUUCAUUUUUAUUUUUGCAUUAAAAAUGGUGGAAAAUUCAACCGAGUCUGACAACAAGGUAAAAGAGAAGAGUAAAUCUGAGGAGAAUACUGUAAGUUUUGGAACAUUAGGGGAAAAGGGUAUUCAAUUUCUUGGGAAAUCAGUAUCAGAAAUGAAAAUGGUUAGUGAUGCUCCUCCUAGCUAUCAAGAAUUGACUCUUAGUUACCUUUGUGAGAAGGGAUUUCAAGAAAGAGAUGUUUUUGAGAAAGUAGGUAGCAGUUAUAAAGGGAAAGAAGUGAUGGUAUUAGGUGAGGAUCAGAAUGAGGAAUGUAAUAACAGAUGGGUAGAGAGGGAUUUUCUUCAAUUGAAUAAUGAGAAUAGAGGGAAUGGGAAUUCAUCUAAAAGGGAUGCUGCUGAGGAUGAGGAAAUUGAGGCAGAAAAUAGAGAGAAGAAACCAAAGAUUCAAACCCUUAACCUUUCUUUGGCUUUGCCUGAUGUUUCACUGUCUUUGGCUGGCUCAAAUAGGGUGGUCCCAAAUGGUGGUGAUCUUCCUUCUAGGUUGAGGCCUAGUAUGAGUGUACAGUCAUUAGAACCAUCACUUAACAAUACAAGAACCACUCAUUCCAAUGAUUUCACAGCUGCCUCAUUGUCUUGCUCCUAUUCCCACGCUUUUUCCCACAACCCCAGUUGCUCCCUUACGCAUAAUUCAACGGAGUAUUAUGAGCAUUCCAUGGGGAGUCAUCGAAGGGGAAGCGAUCACAUCUGGAAUUGUGGAGAAGGAACUAAUGGUUCAGUUCAUAGUCGGUUUAGGCCAAUUGGAGAUGGGGGUGUUGCACUGGCAAAUAACUAUGGUGGAAGUUUUGCUCUUGGUAGCCAAGUUUUACAUAAGGAGACAUGUAAUAACAGUGUUUAUAGGACUACAAGCUCGGAUAACAUUUCGUUUUUCCCAUCCGAAUUGCCCGCGAGACCAAGAAUUGAUGGUCAAUCGGGCGAUUCAAGGGGAAGAGGUUCAGAAAGUUUGAGAGGUUUGGAGAGUAUGGAUGGAGGACUGGCUCGUAAGAUUUCUAGGCCUGAGAGAAUCCUUAGAGAAAUAGUUUCUGAAUCUAUUCCGCUUAUGGCUCAGAUUGUGCAAGAGCUUCCUGAUGAAACAGUUGAAUCAACAAAGGAAUACUUGAGGAGCCUAAUUGCAACACCUGAGAGAAAAGACGAGUUAGUUGGCCUUCAGAACAGGUUAAAUAGGAGAUGUGAUCUUACCAACGAGACUCUCGCAAAGUGUCACAAGACUCAACUAGAGCUUUUUGUUGCAAUAAAAAUGGGUCUCGGGAGCUUCUUAUCUAGCAAAAAGUCCCUAUCAACAACUGAAUUAGUGGAAAUUUUCUUACUUGAAAGGUGUCGAAAUAUAAACUGUAUGAGGGUAUUGCCUGUUGAGGAUUGUGAAUGCAAGAUUUGUUCAACAAAGAAAGGAUUCUGCAGUGAAUGCAUGUGUCCAGUUUGCUUGAACUUCGAUUGUGCCAAUAAUACUUGCAGUUGGGUUGGGUGUGAUGCGUGUUCACACUGGUGUCAUGCUGUUUGUGGUAUUCAGAGGAAUCUUAUAAAGCCAGGUCCAAGCUUCAAAGGGCCUGCCGGGACAACUGAAAUGCAAUUUUACUGUCUUGGAUGUGGUCAUGCAUCUGAAAUGUUUGGAUUUGUUAAAGAUGUCUUCACGUCUUGUGCAAAAGAUUGGGGUGAAGAAACAUUGAUGAAAGAGCUUGACUGUGUUCAGAAGAUCUUCCAAGGGAGUGAAGAUUUUAAAGGCAAGGAGUUGCAUGUUAAGGCUGCUGAAUUGCGUAGUAAGCUAGAGAAAAAGAUGAUAUCUCGUCCGGAUGUCUGCAAUUUCAUCUUUCAGUUCUUUAAUUACGCAGAUGGACUGUCAGAGUUUCCUCCAUCCAACUAUCCUGAUAAAGACUUUAGUAGUCAAGUUGGUCCAAAAAAAGACGCUGUUGCUCUUCCUGCAUCUACCUCCCUUGCUCCCAAAUCUUCCUUCUACAACAUAAGCUCUUCAAGUGGAAGAAAAGAUAUUAUGAUGUUUGAUGAGCGUCAGCAGAAAGAUGUUAAAAUGGUUGAAGACGAAUGGUCUGUGAAGCGACUAAAGAAAGAUGAUCUUGAUAGCUUGGAAAGCAUUGUGCGGAUCAAAGAAGCAGAAGCAAGGAUGUUUCAGAAUCGAGCAGAUGAUGCUCGCCGAGAGGCAGAGGGUUUUAGACGGGUGGCUAGAAUGAAAACGGAGAAACUGGAGGAAGAGUAUUCAGAAAAACUUGAUAAACUCUGCUUGCAGGAGACCGAGGAAAGGAGGAGGAAAAAAUUGGAAGAGCUUAAAGUAUUGGAGAAUUCACAAUGUGAUUACUACAAGAUGAAAAUGAGAAUGCAAUCUGAGAUUGCAGGCUUGCUAAAAAGAAUGGAAGCAACUAAGCAGCUGUUGGUUUAAGUUUAACUGCAAAGUUUGACUAUUUCUCAAGUGAAAUUGGCAGCUAGAUGACAAAUGGUGCUGACUGUCUUGUCUUCUGUUUCUUCUUUUUAUUUUUUUAUUUUUACCCAAUUCCUUUUAUGUUUGAGUUGAAUGAUGGUGAACUAUUGUAAAAUCUUGAAUUAUUUCGAACUUCAUCGGCUACUUUUCUUACUCAAAA